UACACAGAGGCCAUUGUUCCAAAUUCUGUCUCAAUCUACCAUUCUACUUCAAUUCAACUUUCUAAACGAUAUCCUACCGCCAUUUUUCCUUUCGAUCCCUGACAAAAUGAAGUUCUCAAAUGCAGGCUUGAUAGCCUUUUCCGCUCUUCUUUCCAUCAGCAGCGCUGUGCCCAUGGACAAGGCUAGCACCAACAAGGUUCGGACCGAGGAAGUUACUGGCCAGUACGACUGGCCCCAGCAUCAGGCCCGCGCCGAGGAACUUACUGGUCAAUAUGACUGGCCCCAGCAUCAGGCCCGCGCCGAGGAAGUUACUGGCCAGUAUGACUGGCCCCAGCAUCAGGCCCGCGCCGAGGAAGUUACUGGUCAAUAUGACUGGCCCCAUAAUGAGGCUCGCUCUGAGGAUUCAAUCGCGAAAUAAGACCUCUGAGAGAAUCAUGAACGGAGAGGAUGGACUCUGAAUACUAGCUUGAUGUACGCGGGACCAAUAGUAGGAAACGCACUCUUCUUUUGACUGCAGAAAUUGCAGAAAUCUACGAAGUACAAUCCCUUAUCUUUUCUCUAGCUAAAGUAUAUUUUGACGUACGUCAUUUAUGUCU